AUGGCAGGUGGCACAUUUGUUGAUUCAAGUGGAGUUCGUCAUUAUGAGGGAAAGGUCACAGCAUUUGUGUUGAUUACAUGUUUUGUGGCUGCAAUGGGAGGUCUUCUAUUUGGUUAUGAUCUUGGUAUUACAGGAGGAGUUACUUCAAUGGAACCAUUCUUGAUAAAGUUCUUCCCAGCUGUGUAUAAACAAAUGAAAGAUGAAACAAGUAACAAGAAUCAGUAUUGCAAAUUUGACAAUCAACUUCUUACAUUGUUCACCUCUUCUCUAUACCUUGCAGCAUUGAUAGCCUCUUUCUUUGCUUCCCUUACAACAAGAAGGUUUGGACGCAAGCCCUCAAUGUUUAUUGGUGGCUUGUUUUUCCUUGUUGGUGCACUACUAAAUGGAUUUGCUGCUAACAUUGAAAUGCUCAUCAUUGGUCGUAUACUUCUAGGCUUUGGUGUGGGAUAUUGUAAUCAGUCUGUGCCAGUUUAUUUGUCUGAAAUGGCUCCAGCAAAAAUCAGAGGAGCACUCAACAUUGGUUUCCAAAUGAUGAUUACAAUUGGUAUCCUAAUUGCAAACCUUAUCAACUAUGGUACUUCAAAGCAUCAAAAUGGAUGGAGAAUGUCUUUGGGGAUUGGAGCUGUACCAGCAAUUUUGCUAUGUGUAGGAUCUCUUUGCUUGGAUGAAACACCUAACUCCUUGAUUGAAAGAGGCAAACAUAUGAAAGCUAAGGAAAUGUUGCAGAAGAUCCGUGGCACUAAUAAUGUUGAUGAGGAAUAUCAAGACCUUGUUGAUGCUAGUGAAGCAGCUAGUAAGGUGGAUAAUCCUUGGAAGAACAUUGCACAACCAGAGAAUAGGCCUCAACUCACUUUCUGCUCUUUGAUUCCAUUCUUCCAGCAACUCACUGGCAUCAAUGUCAUCAUGUUUUAUGCUCCUGUCCUUUUCAAGAUCUUAGGCUUCGGUAAUGAUGCUUCCCUCAUGUCUGCUGUUAUCACUGGUGGUGUCAAUGUUAUUGCCACACUUGUUUCUGUCUUCACAGUUGAUAAGUUUGGAAGAAGGAUAUUAUUUCUUGAAGGUGGCGUCCAAAUGUUUAUCUGUCAGAUUAUUGUGGGAGUCAUGAUUGCUUCAAAGUUUGGGGUGAAUGGUGAAGGAUCAUUUGGCAAAGGAGAAGCCGACAUUCUAUUGUUCUUUAUAUGUGCAUAUGUUGCAGCAUUUGCUUGGUCUUGGGGUCCAUUGGGUUGGUUGGUGCCAAGUGAAAUAUGUGCUCUUGAGGUUAGACCAGCAGGUCAAGCUAUCAAUGUUGCAGUGAACAUGCUCUUCACAUUUAUCAUUGCUCAAGUGUUUCUUACAAUGCUUUGCCACUUGAAGUUUGGUCUAUUCUUCUUCUUUGCUGCUUUUGUGGUCAUCAUGACCACUUUCAUUGCCAUGCUCUUACCUGAGACCAAAAAUGUCCCAAUUGAAGAAAUGAAUAGAGUGUGGAAGUCACACUGGUUCUGGACCAAGUUUUUUCCUAAUGACAUUGGCAUUGGUGGUUAUAAUUCAAAGUCCGUUCCAUGA